UUAUCUCUCUCACACACACACUGCCUCCACUCUCUCUCUCUACCUAUACAUACAGAGCUAUACGUAUAGAUUGAUAAUAGCAAAAAUGGCGUUACAAGUUCAAGUAAAUCAGGUACUAUUGAAGUCAUCAGUGGCGCCGACGCCGGCGCAGUCGGCAUCUUCUCCGUGGAGGUUCAACAAUCAGUCAGUGGUAUGCGUUGCAGGAGAUUAUGGCUUCUCGUCUAGGGUUUUGAGGAGCAGAGGAUUGAGCUUGAAGGUGAAGUGUAGUAGCUCAGAUGCUACUGUUACUACUACGACUGUGACGGUAGGACAGGUGACGGAAGUUUGUAAGGAUACCUUUUGGCCGAUUGUUGAAGCCGCCGGUGAAAAAACUGUCGUAGUUGACAUGUAUACACAGUGGUGUGGUCCUUGUAAAGUGAUCGCUCCAAAGUUUCAAGAGCUAUCGAAGAAAUAUAAUGAUGUGGUCUUUCUGAAGCUGGACUGUAACCAGGACAACAGGCCAUUAGCGAAGGAACUAGGCAUAAAGGUGGUUCCGACAUUCAAGAUUCUGAAGAACAAUAAGAUCGUUAAAGAAGUCACUGGAGCAAAACUUGAUGAUUUAGUAGCAGCAAUUGAGGGUGUGCGAUCAAGUUAAAUAUUAUUUUUUUUUCUGUUCUUUUGUUUAAAUAUGAAGCAGAUAAUGUCUAUGAAUGUCGUAAUUAGUUCUAACUAAAUUCAGUGUAUAGCCGUGGAUAAUGAAAUCUCAUUAGAGAAAAUGGAAGUGAUGUAUUUGUGCUGCAAAAUUGCAAUAGAUCUUGUCUUGUUAAAA